UCGAUGUCGUUUUUUUUGUGCAAAAUCUAUAUAGAGAAAUUAAAAAACACACAUAGUUUUGCAAUAAUUUAUUUUUUUUUAUUCACAUUUGGCGCAAUAAUAAUGUGGGUGACUGUAACUAUGUCUGUUAAAUGUCAGAAAGCGAGCAAAAGUUCAGUCUGGUUUAACUUUUGCUCGCUUUGUUACGUUUCCUUACGUUUGUCAAAAAAAGCGUACGUAAGAAAAGCGUCAUUGUGUGAGGAUACACAGAUUUCCUAUAGUUGAACUUUUCGCAGUUGUCAAAAUCGACGGCAAAGCGUGAUUGUGUUUCAGCUUUUAUGUUCUCCUCUUUUUGCUUGAUUUUCUAAUUAAAUUUGCAAAAAAAAAAAUACUUAAUUGCAGUUGGGCUUCCUCUGCAUGAAGAAACUGAAAACUUCUGCACUUUAUUCAUAAUUUUGUUUGAUUUGUGUUGAAGAAGUCUUCGAAAAGAAUUCCAUUGCAAAAUUAUGUCGAAAAAUUUACUUAAAAGUCUAAUAAAUGUUACCGAAAGGGCUGCCAAUAUUGCAAGAGCCUGUCGUGCAAAUGCUGACCUUUUAGCUUUGCUUAUACAAGAAAAAUCAUCCGACGAAGCUAAUCCGAGAUUUGUUCAUGAUUUUAAAACCUUGGCAGAUGUUCUUAUACAAGAAACUGUCCGACAUUAUAUUGGAAAUGAGUUUCCAGAAAUGAAAGAUCAUAUAAAAGGCGAAGAAUCGUCGUCAUUUACAAAUAAAAUAGGAGAGACUGUGACUGUUGAGAUAGGAGAGACACCAACCGAGACAGCUGAUUGUCUGGAAAAGGUUCUCGAUGGCAAUCGAUCGGCAGCUGAUGUCCUUGCUGAAGAAGUGCAUAGAUUUGUUAACUAUGCCGACCAAGUGGGAGACUUACCCGAUUUACCAGACGAUUUGGACUACAACGACAUUGGCAUUUGGAUCGAUCCAAUUGAUGCAACCUCCGAGUACAUAUCAGGGGAUUCGAUUUUUACAAAUUUCCCUGGCAUCACAUCGACUGGACUAGAUUGUGUAACUGUCCUAAUAGGAGGCUACAGCAUAAGCAGCGGCCAACCCAUGAUUGGAGUUGUUUCGCAACCCUUUCAUAACAAAAUCGAUGAGAAUGUCUACAAAAGUCUGCUCUUUUGGGGAGUUUCUCUGGAAUCCAUGGAAGCUCACAAUUGCCCCGAAGACAUUACAUUACGACCAAAUAAUUUAGGGAUUUUCUCCACCUCCGAGAAUUCAGAACUCCUCCAAAAAUGCAUGGCUUUGGGAUAUGAAUUUGCUUUUUCAGCUGGAGCUGGCCACAAAGCAUUAAAAGUCAUCACCGGUGAAGUAGAUUUGUAUUUACUGAGCAAAGGAUCAACAUUCAAAUGGGAUACUUGUGCUCCACAAGCUAUAUUAAAGUCACUUGGUGGUAAUAUAUUUGACUAUCGAAAGAGUUUAGAAGCUAAAGCACCAAUUCCUGUUUCGUAUUUGGAUGAGGAGGAAAAAUGUAAUGCUGGCGGAUUGAUUGCGGUAAGAAAUAUGGAACUAAUUGAACCUCUUUUAGAACAUCUUAGACAAUAAGUUGAUUAGUAUAGUUGUUGAAUUUAUAUACAAGAAUUUAUUUUUAAUAUUUAAGUUUUAUUUAAAAUUUUUAUUGUAAGGAAAUUGAAUCUCAGGAAAAAUAAUCGUCAAAAGUCUUCUAGCGUACUUAACCAUAAAAAAACUGAUCUCAAAAUCAAAAUUUAUGCUACGUAAUUUAUAUUUAUACAUACAUAUUUUCAUUGCAAUUGAAUGUCAAGGAGUGUUUAUUGUUUAACCCGAAAAAAAAGAGUAGGUACAUUUGAAACUUGUUACACUUGAAAUUAUUAAAUAAGUAAGUCCUGUUUUAUGUUUGAACAUUUUUAUGCAGCUGCGUCGCCUGAUUUAAUCAUAUUUUUGUUUAAGAAUAAGCAUGAAAAAGUGUCGGAGGGAAACAGUACCUAUAUUUUUAUUAAAUAAGGUAUUCAACGACAAAACACAAAACGGCUUAAAUCGAACUGAGAAAAAUUACCGCAAACAAAAAUUUUAUUUUUUUACAAAUUAAAGAAUUAAACUUAACAAUUUUAUCAAUAAACUAGCUAACCCCUGUUUGGAUAUAAAUUAAUAUCCAAAAAAAGGAUUUGUUUUUUGUAGUGAACAUUAACCAAUUUAUUGUAAUGCUUUUUAAUAUACAACAUUUUUUGUUUUUCUAUCUCUUACAUAUAUGUAUAAAUAGAGCAGAUGGUUUUCCUACAAUCGAAUAGCCAACAUUUAGUUGAGCAUGCGAAAAAAACAAGAUUCUCUUAAUCAGUACCACAUAUUUUUAAAGAUUGACAUUGCGCCUUAUUUAUGGUUAUAGCAAAUGCCAGUCUUCCAAGUUUAGGUUGCUGUAUGUUCUGAAGCAUUAUAAUGGGCGCUUCUCUUGCACAUAAUGUACCAUUUACAGUUCUCGAGGUCGCGAAAGAAGUUGGACCGAUAACAUUGACUAACACCAAACGUAAAAUAAAAACACUCAGCUUUAUUUGAUGCACAGUUUAAACACGACCCAAAGCGUCAGCAGAAAAGUUACCAAAAUGCCCUUCAACCGGCUUUCCUUGCUUUCGUCUUUGAAACUUGUUCCCCGAUGGGUUCCACGUAUUAUAUUCAAAAACUUCUGAACAUAACAUUUUCCCUAAUGAAUCAGUUUGGCACGACGAAAAAAAUGCGGUUAAAGUUUCAUGCGGUGGUUCCGCUGCUCUUGAAACCGCAUUUUCAGGUGUAAAAUAUACACCUCCAUUUUCC